AAGAAGUUCACCUCAGCGCGAAUCGGACGCUUGGAAGGCUCGGGACACAUUUUGAGGAAAAUGUCUGCGAUAUUCAUUUGCACAUCGUCUCCUUUCAAGUCUUGCGACUCUACAACAGCACCACGUCUUCUCCAGCCUUCUCCUGCGAACAACAAGCACGACCCAAAUCCAACAACAAGAGUUUGGGCAAGAUCCCUACUUCCGCUUCAGGACAAGAAGAAGCACAAGAGCAGGAGCACAACAUCACUAGUACUUCCACCGAGCCCACACAAGAGAAGGAGCACAGGAGCAGGACUACACCUGCAGCUGAUCGAGAGCGUCUCUUCGUACGCAUCCUAGUGAUCCAAGAUACCGGAAAUGCGAUCUCUUCGUACGCAUCCUAGUGAUCCAAGAUACCGGAAAUGCGAUCCUGAUGUGGUUGAAGAAACUCCUUCACUUAAGGGUUGGAAGUUGACCUCUCAUCUGUAAGCAUAUCUUUUUUAGCCUUUUCAAGUAGCAAAAUCAUGAUAGAUAUGUUGCGACCUCGAUCGGUCAACUUGCAACCCCUAACUCGGUGUCUUGGCACUCCCCUCAGGUGGCACAUCAAGGCCAUUUAUGCGAUGUUUCGGGCUCUAGGGAAUACGCGAGCGAAGUGUUAUCCGGUACGCGGCAAGCAGAACGUUUGCAACCUAAUGCUCACCGCCUUUGUUGUCUCCGUCUUGCUCCUGUCCGAACUCUUUGCAAUUAGCCUAGGAUUGGCCUGUUGCUUUCGCGCUUGUAGUACAACGUCGAUGGCAAGAACUACUAGAAGCACCCCUGCUGGAGGUGGUGGUGGCUCCACGACCUCAUCAAUAACUACUAGAAGCACUCCUGUUAGUGGUGGCUCCACGACCUCAUCAACAUUGGAAUUGGAUAGAAGAUUGGCGGCAGCGAUGACGCGCCGCUCCUUCUCGAGGUCUUCUUCAGGUUCUGCUGUUGAGCGAGAUGACAGUCAUCAAGAAGUAGACUCUCUUCGUGCAGCUGCCCAAUAUCUAGUCCCUCCCACAACUACGACCGCUAGAAGUACAGCAGAAAUACUCCCCGAUGGGGAAAUGCAGUUUGAUUCCUUCGCACCCUCCCGUGGUCGUUUCAUUACUUCUGCAACUUUUUUGCAACCUGAGCAACAGAACCAAAAUACUGAUGGACGUGGGCGACACUCAUCGACAGGAGCGUCUUCUUCAUCAGCGCCAGCUCUAGCAGUUGCGGCUUCUACAUCCAGCAGGACACAAGCAGCACCUAGUAUGUAUGAGGCCACUUAUUGAGAACGAAGACUAUACUAGGGAACAAGAUGCGUAAUUAUAUUAAUUGCGAAAGUGAAUACUUAGUAGAACAUCUUCAAAGUAGUUACUUCUAAUCUAAGUAUUCACAAAAAUAUUAAAUAGUUAAGAGUUCCGUAACUAUAGACAUUGAUACUCCGCCCAAUAAGUGGAAGCAUUCACAACUACUUUGCAAGUGCAAGAAGUGCUCACAGUCACAGCGCUGCUCAUAGCGUUCCUGCUAGAGGAUUGGACUUGGAGUAUAGCACUGCGUUCGGACCUCAACUGGGGGAGCUUGCCGUACUCACCUUCGCGGGUAUAUUCGGAUUUUUACUUCUUCUUGGCUUGGCGCUACUGUUUUUCGCAUUUCGUUCACGCCGUAAGGACGGAAAAAGCAACAUUGUUGGCGCCGGCGGACUAAUCGAAAUCGACAACAGAGCUGUUGAAGAAGGAACUGCUUCUUCUAAGAAAGUUGUCGACUUUACCAUGAAACCCAGAUACGAAGGUGGAACUUCUACGAAUACAACUGAAUCGGCAGAAGAAGAUCCUUUCGUAGUGGAAGGAUGCGACUUUCUAUUUCGAAACUUGAGUUCCUCGUCCUCAAGCAGCAAGAGCAAGUCUGCUCGAAGCCAGACCAAGCAGGAGUUGUGGGCAGAAGCUUUUUUCAAUCCAAAGAUUGGCUGCUGGGAAUGUAAUUUAAGGCUUAGUUUUAGUUGUACCGCUUUUUAAGUAGUUGUAUCUCUUAGCUGCACCUCUACCUCUUAGUUGUACUUCUAAAUCCUAAUCCAUCUUCGUGUUCUGAUGAAGCAUGAUCCUGCAGAUGUACUAAUGAAUUUCAAGGGGAAAAAAUUGUACUGAUCUUCUACUUGUUGUUCUUGAGGGGAAAAAAUGUUAAGGGGACUCCUGAGGUCCUGCUCCACCAGAAUGUACUACUUUACUAAUAUCUUUUUAAGACUUUUGUUGAAAAGGUCGACUUUUGUUCAACAGAUCUAUCAUGAAGAUGGAAGAUUUCGAUUCGGGUGAAGAGCUCGAGCUCCUCUUUUUCUUCUAAGUAAAUUUGAGAAUUUGGGUAAGGAGAGCACGUUUGUUUUAUGGCCUACGCUGACAGCCCACAGUACGCAGCAUCUAGUAAGCAAAGACGUUUUUUUGGCACACGAUCACAUGAGGCAGAUGCAAGAAAAGCAGGAUGGGGGUGGUCGUUCUUUGGAAAAGCUUCAACAAGAAAGACAAGUAGAGCUACGAGAUGACGAGGCAAGCCUUCAACAAGAAAGACAUCUGGGAAACCUUCAACAAGAAAGACAUCAAGCUGGUGCGAACGACGGUUUUGUAAGGAUGCACGACGGUUCACUACAACUACUUAGGGGAAAAAAUAGAGAAGCUGCAAGUGGUGCAACCUCUUCUCUGGAAGAAAAGGCUCCUCAAAUAGAUGAUCAAGAACAGGACUAUGUACUCUCGACAACUGACACAGACACGACUACAGACCACGCGACGUCUUCCAAAAUGAGAGGUGAAGUAGGCGAGGAGACAGCAGGGACCCCAAUCGCUACACCCAGUUCCACUUCCACCCGCGACUCGUCAGACGAGCAGGUAUCAUCUUCAACAACGUUCUUGGCAAAGGCUCCUGGUUCACCCUAUUUGUUACCGUGGAAUAUUAGAGCAUCGGUCGAAGAAUCUUCAAAGCAUGUCGGAAGAUGGAAAAAGAACAACUACUUGUGCAUGGACCUGCUAAAUAAGCACAAUCAAGUGAUGGGAGCAAAGCGAUUCUUGGGUACUACAGGCAGCAAGGACGCGAAAAAUGGUGCAGGAGCCCUCGUUCGCGUGAAGGACAAGAUUGAUGCUGUAACAGCUUUGAUUAAGGCUACCGCUCAGGGAUCCCCUUCCUCAGCUUGGCUUCUUUUUCAAGUUUUUCUACUUGAAAAGAAGCCACAUCCUGGAUGCACAGUUCUUCCCUGAGGGAAGAUGCCAUUAGGUUAUUUAUUAGGUUGUCUAAUUUGCUCUUCAUGGCCGGUGCUGCCGACCACAAUGGUGCUGUGCUGGACGGUUUGGAUAUGUUCUGGCAUCUGUUUCGGCUAAAACAGUCUUUAGAGCACUUGUAUCCCAAGCACUACCACUUGAUCUACGUGGAGCGCUUGGAGUGCGCCACAGACUUGUUGCAUUUUUUCAAUGCAAGUAAAUCCGGCGAAAAAUUGCUCAAAAAUCUCGUGUACCUGGAGAUGCGGUUGCAUGGACAUGAGGACCUAAUGGUGGUUGAUAAAUUCAUCAACAUCCGCGAAUUAAGGAGUGGAGGACCCACUUGCUUAGAACCACGUCUACUGCUACCCACUCCUCAAGAACCUCGUCCGACGACGACGCAACCCUUUGCAUCGAUGAACAGAGAAAACAAGGGAGUUGCCCUCCAAGAGCGUCGUGACCUUUUCGAAGGAGCUGUCCGCGUGCAACGAGCCGCGAUAGGUGGCACUUUCUUAGAAAGGAUGAGCUGUUGUAUUCCGCGAAGCAUAACGGAAAAAUAUUUCAAAUUAGUUUUUAUGGGAAGUGCCAGCAACUACUCACGACCACAUCUGUGAGUUCUCUUCUUCACGCCAUCUUUUAGCAGAAUGAACAUGAACUGCUUUCUUCAGGAGGUAGUUGAAAAAUGCUAAAAGAUCAUGUUCUAAAAAAAGAUGGGUCGUCGUGGUUGCUUUUGGUACGUCUAACGUUUCAUCCUCGCUAGCUAGUAUUGCGACCGCAGUAGGUGGAGCUUCAGACGUUGAGUUGUUCUCUUCUGUUCGCGGAGCAUUAUCAAGCCUAUUUUUAGGUGAUGAGCCAAACGUCGAUGAGCCAAAGUUGUCAGACGAUGAGUCUUCUACUGACGGAGCCUCCUCUACCGCGAGCAGCGGUUCGGAAGAAGACAAAGAAUCUUCUCUAGACUACGUAGAUGCAGACGACCUGAAGGAGAGUAUCCGUAGUCGACCUGAAGGAGAAGCGCCGGUCGCUCAGCAGGAGGCCUCUUCUGCUACUGAGCAGGAUCCUCACUUACAUGUCACCAGGCAGAGUCACAAUAUGAGUAUUGCUAUUGGUAUUGACAAGAAUAUUAAGGGUCGUAGGUUAAAGGUGCUUUUCUUACCGCUUUUUAUGGCUUCGUUAAGGGAGACAGGCAUGAUAAGAAGCGGGAUAAACGAGCACCAAAAACCUAGUACCGCUAAGAAUGGCGAUUCUUGCGAUAAGAAGCAGAACAUCAAUACUCUACCACGAUUUGUUCGAGGAGUACGUCCGUUAAAUCGCCGUGACCUUUUUUUUCGAGAUAUGCACAAAGCCGACCUCUACGCCUCCAAGGAGAAUGAUGCCGCUGGACAGAAACUUCGUAUUUCUGAAAGGAGACACGACGUGCGUCGAGAAGAGGUUCUGGAUGAAAGUGAAACUCUGCAGGAUCUACUACGCGACGAACACAACUACUCUUUUUCAGGAGGAGAGAACAAGGUCAAUACACAGCAAAAACGACGUGAACUACGUUACACUUCAGCUAUACAAGAACAACGACGUGAGGGCCGCUUUUCUUCCGUUCGACACUCUUCAGUGUCAGAGCAGGUGCGUCAUUCUCUCACUGGCUGGACACCAAAACAGGUUCGGGAGGACUCGGAGGUGAUCAAAUCAUCCGUUUUCUGUUGUUGCAUCCGUGGUCGCGACAGGAGAUACUUCCCUCAUGCUGAGGAGCUUGCUGCGCAACACUUGGCCAUUCCCUCUACACAGAGACGCCACAGCUAUCGCAUUCACGGCUCUCUUAUCGAACGUCUCAACUCAACAUGCUUAUUUGAAGAUGAUGAACUACGCUUUGAUGAAGCUCAUGAUUCUGUAAGACUACAAGAAGGGCACCAAGGAGAUCAUGCUCCUGAAGGUGGUAAAGUUAAGGGUCGUAGGCUAAAGGUGUUCCUGUUUUUAGUGCCGUUCGUUUUGCCUUUCUGAAGGGGGAAAGGCAUAGCGAACUUUACGGUAAACGAACACCAAAGAAAAGUCUAGAAGCCCUAAUAAAGAAAAGAGGACAAAGACCCGGUCGGCGUCUACCGCUGAAGCAUGUCUCCUUAGUUCGUUGUACUUGUAUCAUGAAGAUGUAGAUGAUCCUUGGUCUAGUUCUUCUUUUUCGAGGGGAAAAAGAAGAACAAACUAG